AUGGCGGCUGGCCAGAAUGUUCCAGAAUUAGGCGGCUAUGAUUUCGAGUUUACAAGUGAAGUUCCUGACGAUUUUGAUUGUCCCGUGUGUCAGUUAACAAUGAAAGAUCCCAUACAGAUUGUAGGAUGUGGCCACAGACUUUGUAAGAUCUGCUCAGAGAGCUUGUUGAGGAGCCAUUCUCCGAAAUGUCCCAUUGACAGAGAACUCCUGUCGCGUGACAAGAUCUUUCCAGAUGCCGCUUGUCAUCGUAAAAUUCUGGAUUUUACAGUUAAAUGUCCUCACGUCGGGUGUCCUUGGACGGGAGAACUUCGUGCUGUGCAGAAACAUCAGCAGCAAUGCCUGUUCAAAAUGGUGGAGUGUCCAAAUACAGGAUGUAAAGAGAACCUCACCAGGCGAGAUAUGGACGAUCACAAGAUGAGGGAAUGUAUCUGGAGGACUGACAGUUGUGAAUAUUGUCAAGGAUCCUUUAUUGUGAAAAACAGGCAGCAACAUCAUAACGUGUGUCAAAAGUUUCCAGUUCAAUGUACCAACAAUUGUGGUCUGAAGACUAUUCCGCGGGAACAGCUGGUGGCUCAUAUUCAUGAUGACUGUCCUUUAACUGAAGUUCCUUGUAAAUACAAGAACUUAGGAUGCCAAGAAGUGUUUCUAAGAAAUGAAGACAAAUCUCACUUGGAAUGCCACAUGGAAAGCCAUUUGAACUUAGCUCUUUGCAGCCUUGAGAUCACUCAGAAUCAGGUUAAAGAUCAGUCGAAGCAGAUUGAAAGAUUGACGUCUACCUUUAACGAUCAGAUAGCCAGUUUGGUGGCCAAAAAUGUAGAACAGUCACAGCAGAUAACCAGUUUAACAUCCAUUGUGGAGGGUUUGGUGCUGCAGAUAGAAAGACUGAAGGGUCAGGAUAAAUAUCAAGCUGUGCAGGUGAACAAAACGACCAACGAAGCCAUCGAUGGGCCAAACAAGAAAGGGGCAACUAAUGUCAAGAUUAAAGAGAGUGAUAAUAUAGAACUGGGCUUCAAGCCUAAAUCAAUCAAUGAUAUUGAAGUAGGUAUGGAGGUAUUCUUUAGGGUUGGUCUGACUAACAAGAGAUGUCGAGGAACAGUCAAGUACGUCGGAUAUGUAGAGCGACAGGGAUAUUGUCUCGGCGUAGAGGUGGAUCCAGAUCACGCGAGUACCUUCGGAAACAACGGAACAAGUAGUGGAAAAAGAUACUUUACCUGUGGACCUGGUAGAGGCUACUUUGUCCCCUUUGGUCAUGUUAUCGAGUGCUACAGAUGACGAUGGCAAUAAAAUGACUGCUGUUUUCUCGGCUUCCUUUUUGUGAGAGAACAAGAAACGGCGGAACAGUCUGUCCACCAUCUUGAUAUUAAUGUUCGUCCACUGAUUAAAGGGCAUAUCGUCUACCUAUCACAGUAACUGCAACUUGGCCUACCAUCAGUUUUUAAAUUCAGUAGAAGUUAGCAGGCUUGUCUUAAGGCAAGUAGAAUUUACGAAAGUAUGAUAUUUAAGUAAAUACUUUGUCCUUAGCUACCAGACGUUUGUAAAAAGAAAAACAAAAAACAAAGCAUGUGAACUAAUUGUAAUUUUUAAAAGCCGAGACAGCAUUAUACACCAAAGUGGGAGGAAAAACGUGGAUACAUUUUCUGUUAGGGUCGCAGUAUUUGGGUUUCAAAACCGCAAAUAGUUUGUAUUGUGAUCGAUUAACAUAACGAGGAUAAAUGAAACCGUUGACGAAUCUCUUAGUUCCCGAUCAAUUAAUAUUGUUAUACUUUCCUUCUGCCUAACAUACGUCAUGACAACAGCUUCUCAAAUAAAUGAUUAAAAAAGAACUGUGUUAAAUAGACAA